AUGUAUGUAUGCACUCUAUAAUUUGUUGGUUACUGUUGUGGCCUGCUCAAUUGGAAUCAUCUUAACACGUAAAUCAAGGAGACGACCAGUAAACAUUACUUUGGUUGAUGAAAUAAUUAUUUAUAUAUACUUACAUACACUAUAAAUCUUUUUAUUUCAUAAAUUAUAGUAAUAAAUUAAUUUACGUCGUACUAAAAACUCUUGUUAUGUUUCAAUUAAAGGAAAAAUUGGAUCAAAGAUUAUUUUCACACUUAAAUAUGUAUCUCUCGAUCAAUAACUUUUAUAACGUUAAUUAUAUUAUAUAAAAUUUAAAAGGUAAAAAUAUAAUACUACUUAGUAAUAUACUUUAAAUAACAUUUCAAAAUUAGUAAAUACUUUUUACAAAGAGAUACUAAUUUUUUUUUCCAUUCCUAUAUCUAAUUUUCUUUUCAUGUGCUUUUGUCUUUGAUUCUUGAUGAAUCUCAAUCCAAUAACUACCCAAUUAUUGGUCACUCUUUAUUAAUCAAAACCUUUUCUUGGUCAUUUUUUUUUGCUCUCUCCUAUAUAUUUGCUCUUUUCCCAUUAUCUUUUUUUUUUUUCUUAUUAAAAGAUCAAAUUUUGAGUGUAUAUGAUGGUGUUUUCCCUAUUGGGUUGAUUAGAAUAUGCAAAAAUUUCAUCUGGGUCUUGCUUUUCUUGGACUAGGAGCAUCGAGGUAGGUGGUUAAAAUUUGAGGGGGGAUAUACAUUUGUUCACAGCUUUGUACACGUAAUAAGUCUUUAAUACAUGGCUCCCGGAGGAAGCAGUUACCAGGAUAUUGGUGAUUCGCUUAAUGCAUAUGCCGAUUAUGGUAUUGCACCCGAAAAUGCUGAAUCCAAAAGCUCCCCAUUUAGAAAAUCUACAGCUGUUAAUAUUAUUGGUGGGAAUCAUGGAACAAGAUCUAAUACAGCUGUUCAUGAGCUACUUGAAUGCCCUGUUUGUAUGAAUCUAAUGUACCCUCCAAUUCAUCAGUGUCCAAAUGGUCAUACUUUAUGCCUGAAGUGCAAGUCAAAAGUCCAUGUAUGCCCAAUUUGUCGCCACGAGCUUGGAAACAUAAGAUGUCUAGCAUUGGAGAAAAUUGCAGAGUCACUUGAGUUGCCAUGCCGAAACCAAAUUUUUGGCUGUCAAGAUAUAUUCACUUAUCAUAGUAGGCUUCGACAUGAGCAGAACUGCAGAUUUCGUCCAUACAACUGCCCUUAUGCAGGAUCCGAAUGUACUGUUACUGGUGAUAUUCAGUCCCUAGUUGCACACCUCAAAGAUGAUCACAAGGUUGACAUGCACGACGGCUGUACCUUCAACCAUCGCUAUGUCAAAUCUAAUCCUCAAGAUGUUGAGAAUGCUACAUGGAUGUUGACUGUUUUCAACUGUUUCGGUCACCAAUUCUGCUUGCACUUUGAGGCUUUUAAUGUUGGAGUGGCACCAGUAUACAUGGCGUUCCUUCGUUUUAUGGGUGAUGAUGAUGAUGCAAAAAAAUUUAGUUAUAGUCUUGAAGUAGGUGGAUUUGGCAGAAAGUUACUAUGGCAAGGAGUUCCUAGGAGCAUCCGUGAUAGUCAUAAAACUGUCCGAGACAGUUUAGAUGGGCUGCUCAUUCAAAGGAGCAUGGCACUCUUCUUCUCUGGUGGUGACCGAAAGGAGCUAAAGCUGAAGGUGGCUGGGCGCAUUUGGAGAGAACCGUUGUAAAGUAGAAAACGCUAUCUUCUUCCCCAGGUUAGCAUCAAUCUGAAGGCUUGUCGUCAUAUAUCACAGUAGAUUUCUUCCCAGAGGGCCACGAGUCUAGUUAGUUAUUUCUGGUUGACUGGUGGUUUAUUUUUUGUUAUUCUUGUAAAAAGAUAAAAGCUGUAGAUGGUUCUAUAUAGGUUCAGAUUUUUGAAUCAAUCAAUGUGUAUUGAAGCUCAACUGUUGGCCAUGCAUUCUGUUAAUGCUGGUUCUGUAUCUAAUACUAUUAGGCAUUUAGGCUUUUUGACAAUCUGUGCAGAACCAUGUUGCUUGCAAAGGGAUGCAUCAUGUGAACUCUGUUUUAUGAUGAAUAAUAGCAACUCCAUAAAAAGCAUUUAGUCCA